UGUGUCAAUGUCAGACUAUCAUCAGGGAAUGAAAAAAUUGUCUUUGCUUGGUUCUUACAUCUUUGCUUUCACUGUAUGUUUAUAUUGCUGAACUGCUAUUUAAAUAAUGUUUACUUGUGGUGAUUGAAGAUGGUUGGAUUGUUCUAAUAAAUAAGAAAACAGUUUUAAUAUACCUUUAAUUGUGAGCUUGUAAACAUGUGGGUUAAACCUCAAGAGGUUUUUAUUAAAAGUGCACUGUGGGAUUGUGAUGAGACAUCGUUAUAUUUUGUGCUGCAAAGGAGAAAAGGACACGGCAAAUCUAAAGGCCUAUCUUCACUUCUAGUGGGUACUUUAGAUAGUGUACGAGAUACUAAACCAGCCCCGUACAGGAUAUUACACCAGACGCCAAAUUCUGAAAUUUAUUAUGUGAUAGCAACAGCAUUAACGGAACAAGAAAUAAAACAAGACUGGCAAUGGUUAUUUGAGAAUGUUUGUCCGACCCUCCACUCAUUUGAUACUGAAGAAGAAGUUACAGAAUUUGUUUGUUGUAAAAUCAAUUCUAUAAUUGCUACUGAACAGGACAACUUUACUGAAGAUGAAGACACAAUUAACUAUAAAAAUGUGGAUUAUGACUUUCACCAAAGAUUUGGAAUGCCAAAAGAUGAAAAACUUGUGUGCUACUACUCCUGCAGCUAUUGGAAAGGGAAAAUGCCAAGACAGGGUUGGAUGUAUCUCUCAGUGCAUUACAUGUGUUUCUAUUCAUACAUAUUUGGUCGGAAUACAACCUUGAAAAUACGAUGGGCGGAUGUCACGGAACUAGCAAAAACCAACAGCCUUCUUUUUCCCGACUCGAUAAAAGUAGUUACAAGAGAUGGAGAGCAUCAUUUCACGAUGUUUUUGAAGAAAAACGAAACAUUCGCUCUGAUGCAACAAUUGGCUAAUAUUGCGAUGAAACAGUUAAUAGAUGAUAAGUCUGGCAGUUUUAAUAUAGACAAGGAAUUACUAACGAAACUCAGCAAAAACGUACCAAAGAAAGCUUCAUUUUUAAAACGGGACUUAGAUGCAAGGAAGCAAUCGAAUUUAUAUACUUUACGAUUCCGAUUGCCUCAAACGGAAAAGUUGGAUGGGACGGAAGAAUGUACUCUAUGGACUCCUUACAAUAAACGUCAUAAUUGGGGACGACUGUACUUGUCGCAGAAUUUCAUUUGCUUCGAUAGUCGCGUAUCAAACUUAGUGCGAGUAACGAUACCACUACGGAAUGUAUACCAAGUUGAGAAAGCGGAUUCUGGUGGGAUUGGUGGUUCAGAAUCUGGGAGCAUACUCAUCACCACGUCGUACCACACCAGCUUUCUAUUUGGUAAUAUUACGGACCGAGACUUCCUCGUACACAAAAUAUCGGAGCUGCUUGCUAAGUUACCAAACUCUAGUUACCUCAAUAGCCCCCUUUUAAAUGUACCGAAUGACAGUGAAAUGUGCAGGGAGAAGGGGGUGAAGGCUGUGGGGGGGCGGGAGGAGGGGGAGUGGACCCCGCAACCGCCGCUCAUGACGCUGUUCAAGACGCACCAGACGUCGUCCAUCAAGCAGAUACAGCAGAAAAAGGAAAAGCAAUGGGAAGACCACAUGGCGGAAGUAGGACGUGGUGUGAGCAUGUACCGCACCGUGGAAGGCAGUGAACUGGUAGUCAAGGGUAUACCGGAAUCCCUACGAGGUGAACUGUGGAGUGUGUUCUCCGGUUCCAUCCUGCAAAAGGUCCAGAACAAGGGACUUUAUGAGAGACUGGUGAAGGAAGCCCUGUCUUCUAAGAAUCAGGCGAAUGAUGAGAUUGAAAGGGAUCUGCAUAGGUCACUGCCAGAACACCCAGCUUUUCAGAAUGAUGUUGGUAUAUCAGCAUUACGUCGUGUCCUCUGCGCAUACGCACUAAAGAACCCCACAAUCGGUUACUGCCAAGCGAUGAACAUUGUGGCUUCUGUCCUGCUCAUAUACUGUCCUGAAGAACAGGCGUUUUGGUUGCUCGCUACUAUAUGCGAAACUCUGUUACCUGAUUAUUAUAAUACAAGAGUUGUUGGUGCUUUGGUGGAUCAAGGGGUCCUAGAAGAGCUAACUAAGUCCCAGCUCCCGGAUUUGCACGCAAAAUUGGAUGAGCUGGGAAUGAUGAAGAUGAUAUCCCUAUCUUGGUUCCUCACUCUAUUCAUCAGUGUGAUGCCGUACGAGUGUGCUGUUAAUGUGAUGGACUGCUUCUUUUAUGAUGGUGCUAAGGUUAUUUUUCAGGUGACGUUAACUAUAUUGGAUGUAAAUAAAGAUAAACUCUUGAAAUGCACAGAAGACGGUCAAGCGAUGCAAAUACUUAGUGAAUAUUUGGAAGGUAUAUACAAUGAUGAGGCUAUGGCGCUGUCUACUGAACCACGAACGGCACAGAAGACGAUAAAAAUCCAAGAUCUAGUGUACCAAUCGUACCGCAUGUAUGGUGCGAAUGUCAGCAGUGAAUGUAUAGAACACUUGCGGUUGAAGCAUCGUCUGCGAGUGGUGCGGCAGUUGGAGGACAGCCUGGAGAAGAACACCCUCAGGGCGCUGCAGCAGGACAGGCUCUUGGAGCCCAAUGAGUUGCAAGAAUUAUUGAGCAUAAUUCGCGAAGAACUCUUCUGGGCCAAGCGUGUGCCGUCCGAACGACUAGAAGCACCAUACGAAGCCUACCGUCUCGACUACGGACAAUUCAGAACCAUUUAUACAGCUCUUUCGCCUUGGGCUAAAGGAGAUUACGCGGAAGCCAUCACAGCAAGGAUAUUUAAGCUAAUGGACCACGACGACGACGGGCUGGUCAGCGCGCGCGGUCUCAGCGUGGGCGUCGGUCUCAGCACGCGCGCUGACUCUCAGCGUCGUCUCCGGGCGCUGUACUGUGCACACGCACCACCGUUGCUGUCUCCGCUUGACCUGCGACCUUCACGCUUCACUGAUACUGGCGAGGAGCUGGCUGCGGACGCUAUAUCCUUCUUUGACACUGUCGAAAAUCCAUCCACACCAGAGCCGCCGUUGCAGCGGUCAAUAAGCGAAGUAAAUGAUGUGAAUCAUUUGGAUAAGUCAUCGGACAGCACUUGUAGUCAAGCAGAAUGCCAAUCAGCGGAGUGCGUGCGCGCAUGCGCACUAUGGGGUCUAUCGAGCAACUCGGCCGCGUGCACGCCAGUCUCCCCCGCGCCGCCGAGCGGGGCGGUCGUGCCGCGCGGCGCUCCGCGGUUGCCGCGCGCGCACUUCCUGCGCCUGCUGGCCGCGCUGCACGACCUCACGCAGCACUCCGCGCCGCUCUACGAGGCGACCGCUAGGGCUGGUACUUUACUUCUACAAUUGGGCGAAUGGAAUCAUCGGCCGAAUCUGGGCCGCGAAAUGUCUCAGGACAGCUUGUACAUGGCCGCCGCUGCCCAACCAUCGGCUGUAGAACCGGACCCCAACGGCAACACAACAGAAUCUGAACCACCUCGUUCCCCAUCAGCAGAAAUAGACCCCACAGACAGCUGGUCCAUAACCCUGGAACAGUUCCUGGCCACCAUGCUUGCUGAAGCAUCGUUGGAGGAAUUCUUCAACAAACAAACAUCAAUCAUGCCGCAGCUCGAAGCAUUGAGACAAAGGGAUCGGCUGCAAUCUGUAUCAUAGCUAUUUGUGGAUUAUAUAUAAAAGAUCUAUAAUAGACAUGAUGGUCUAUAACACUAACAUUUUCUGGUUAUCACCGCUGAGGAAUCUAUAGAUGAGUUCUUCAACAAGCAAACUGCAAUCAUGCCGAAGCAUUGAGACACAGAGAUCAGCUGCAAUCCGUCUCAUAGCUGUGUCUAUGGAUCCAGUUAUAUUAUUGUCUAUAGCCAUAACAGUUUCUGGGUACCAUUAGGAAGUUUCAUAUGAACAUUCUUUGUCAUCAUAACGGUUGCAUUUACAUCAAACGAAUGAAUGCUCAUUCUCACCCCACUAUGUCAAAUUAUUUUAGUGUAAACAGGCGUAUAGCAUUCUUUCGUUGUUCUUAAUAUGAAAACACUGAAUACGAAUAUUUCUUUACACUAAAAUUUAAACGAUCACGAAAGAAUGCUCUUGCUCUAGCUCUAUGUUCGUUUGAUGUAAAUGCACCCUUGGAGGAAUUCUUCAACAAUUAACAUCAACCAUGCAGAAGCAUUGAGACAAAGGGAUCGGCUGAAAUCCUUCUCAUAGCUGUAAUGAAACUUAGUG